UUAGCGGGCAGCAUACGGUAUCGGGCUGGGGGCUGCCUUGCGGGGAGGAUUAGGUGUAGGGUGUAGCCGAAGGGGCGAUGGCAGGAGGGGUGGUCCUGGUGCAGGGAGCCAGCAGAGGGCUCGGCCUGCACUUCUGCAAACACAUUUUAUCCGCACGGAAAGAGGCGAGAGUGAUCGCUACCUGCAGGAGCCCCGAAGCAGCCAGCGCCUUACAAGCGCUGCAAAGGCUGUAUCCCCAGAACCUCACUGUGCUGCGGCUGGAUGCCACUCGGGAGGCAGAGAUCCGAGAGGCAGCGGAAGCAGUGGCGAAGGAGCAUGGCCGGCUGGAUCUACUCAUCAACUCUGGGGCAAUGUUGCACCCCAGCGGCAGAGGAGAGAAGAGCUUGCAGGAGGUCUCAGCAGAGGUGACUAGCGGCCUGAGAAGAAAAGACAUGCCACCUGCUGGGCCACAUCCAAUGUCAGGAGAAAGGAGUCUUAAUGGCAACACAAACAGGUCUAGUGGGCUUUUUCUCCAGCCAGCCAUUCCCGUUGUUGCAUGCUCAUCAAUGCACA